AUGUUAACAAUAUUUAAGCUCAUCAAAGAUUUCAUGAUUGGUUGUCGCGAUGAUGCAAAUCAGCAGCAGCAGCUUAAGGGAAUUGAAGAUUUUAUAGAUUCGGAUAAUAUAUCUAUAACACCCAAUGAGUUUAUUUGUCCAAUAUCUCUCCAGUUGAUGAAACGUCCUGUUAUUAUUUCUUCGGGUCGGACGUAUGACAAAUCGUCUAUUGAAACAUGGAUGCUAACUGGCAAUACAACCUGUCCCGUGACAGGACAGAUCUUGACGAACAUGAGGAUGAUACCUAACUACGCCUUACAAAGCCUGAUAACCGACUGGUGCCAGAAGAACAGAAUACUCCCACCAGAUGGUGACAUAACUAUUCCAAACCCUCCUUUAACCGAUGUUGAAUAUGUUAUGAUCGACGCAUACAUUGACCAGCUAAAUUCACACGAUCCGAUGGUUCAGCAAAAAGGCGCUGCUAACAUUUCCUUAUUUUCAAGACGAAAUGAACAGGUUCGUGCAAAAUUUUGUUGUGUAGGUCCAAUCCCUUCCCUGACACGACUCAUGAAAUCAACAGAUCCUGUCACACAAGAUAUUGUGAUGAGUGCUAUCUUGAACCUCUCUGUAUGUAAUUACAUCAAGAAGCUUAUCGUAUCCACUGGUGCCACUAAUGAGAUAAUUAAUGUUAUGCGGACUGGUUCCUUGGAGGCCUGA